UGAAAUUUCUCCGGCCCGCUUUUGCUCUCCCUCUGUAUUUUUGCCCCCAAUUCCGUCGUCAUCCCUCUCCGUCCAUCGCUCCGAUCACCCGAGACGCCACGCCACCGCCGACCUCCGGCCGCCUUUGGAACGCCGCCGUUCGAUCUCCGGCGAAAGCGAAUGGGCCGCGCGCGGGGCGGCACCGCGAGGUGAGCGAAGCUCCCGACUGGUUUUUCCCUCUUUUCUUUCUCGGACGCUCGUCAUCUCCUACGUUGUUUGGGCCGGCUCGAUUCUUUGUCAGGGGAUGUCAAACAUAUUGGGAAUCUAGCUGCUAGAUAUAGAAUCUGAGACCUUGCUUUAAUGUCGAAGAUAAGUAAACAAAGCAAGUCUGAUCACCAAAGUAGCAGCAACACAUCGAAAGUGCAGGGGAUGGUACUGCCACGUAACUUGCAGCAACUGGAAAGUAAGCAAGGUCAAAGCGGGCAGAUCCAAAGUGCAAUUAGUGGAAGCUUGAUAAAAAGUCUGACAGUGUUGGAUGAAUUCAAGCAUGGAUUUCCAUCGAAUGGCUUAUCAGUCGCCUCAAAUAAGUGGUGGGGAAGUGGCAGUCCAGGAGAUUUUGAGUACAUUAAUGCAACUGAAACUGGUAGAGAAUGCAGACCAAAGUGCGACGAUGUGGCAGAUGAUGGUUCUAAUGCCGAAAAGAAAGCUGAAGGUGAGCAAGAGAACAGCGAUUCCACUCUCCAGGGGACUAGUUUGCUGACAGCUAUGAGAAAAAGAGCCCUUGAAGAAGGAAGGGAGGCACUCAAACUGGGUGUUUUUAUGAGCCACCGUGCUCAUAAGAUAGGCAAGAAAGAGAAAUCACUGAUGCGUAACAUUUUUCAAUCUUCACUGCCAAAGGGAUGGAUUGAUGAUUAAGUUUAAUCUGAGGGAUGCUCAAAACUGCCAAAGGGAUGGAUUGAUGAUUAAGUUUAAUCUGAGGGAUGCUCAAAAGCUGUAAUGUAAGUGAUUGACUUCUUAAUUAUCGCAGUUGGAUGUAAAAUGCUCGAACAAAAUGUUGCUCAUUUGUCUUUAAAUGUCAAUUAUCAAGUGUUGAGGUACUUCACUCACUAUCAUGUUC